AUUAGCUCCUCCUGGAUUUGUUUACACGGUCACACUGGCAGAAAGUAGGUCAUGGAAAAACGAAACGAGGCGAGUCACCUCUUCGCUUCUUGUGUAUUAACUGUCUAGUAAUACCCGGAAUCAAAGGAACACCACCCCCGUGGAUUAGUCGGGUUUAUGUGUCACUAGAGGCCAGUUUAACAGCCGCUGGACUAAUGCUGCUCCUUAAACAUCUGGACUAAACCGUGAUCGAGUGGCAAAGCUCUUCUACUUGUUCGACUCCGCUACCAUGUCAAGACGAAGCAGGAACAGCCGGGCUUGGCGUUACGUUUGGGGUGGGAUACGAAGGGACGCCGACGCCCGGGCCCUCGUGUUGGCCUCUGAAGCUGAACAGUGGCGCUACGACCGGCUGGAGUACAGUGAUUCUGACUCGGAGGCGGACUACUCAGCUGUGAUGGUUCCUCCGGUCCCCAGUGCUGUCCCUGUUACAGGAGAGUCUUACUGUGCCUGCGACUCCCAGGCAGAAACCAGCUACAAUCCUCGCCUACGAGGAUUUCACCAAGUCAAAGACUGCCGCUGUGGAGAGGAUGACCAAGAUUUCGACUGGGUUUGGGAUGCAAGCAGCCGUUCGACUGCAACAUUGCUGACCUGCGACAAUCGCAAAGUGAGCUUCCACUCAGACUACAGCUGCGGCACGGCGGCCGUCCGCGGCUCCAGGGAGCUGGCGGACGGGCAGCACUUCUGGGAAAUCAAGAUGACAUCUCCGGUGUACGGAACAGACAUGAUGGUUGGCAUUGGAACAUCUGAUGUCAAUCUGGACAAGUACAGGCACACGUUCUGCAGUUUGUUGGGGAAAGAUGCAGACAGCUGGGGGCUCUCCUACACCGGAUUGCUGCACCAUAAAGGAGACAAAUUGAAGUUCUCCUCCCGUUUUGGACAAGGAUCCAUCAUUGGAGUUCAUCUGGACACGUGGCAUGGCACUCUCACUUUCUUCAAGAAUCGGAAGUGCAUAGGUGUUGCUGCCACCGAGCUGCACAAUAAGAGGUUUUAUCCGAUGGCGUGCUCCACAGCGGCCAAGAGCAGCAUGAAAGUCAUCAGGUCUUGCUCCACGCCGACCUCUCUUCUGUACCUCUGCUGCGCCCGCCUCCGCCGCCUGCUCCCGGACUGCAUGGACACGCUGGAUGUGUUGCCUCUGCCGCCGGGCCUGCGCCAGGUCCUCCACAACAAGCUGGGCUGGGUGCUCAGUCUGAACAGCGGGGCCACGGAGGAGACCACAGAAGGGCCCGAGCGGUCCCCGCAACUACCCGCAACCGUGCCGGCCGAACCGUCGUUCUCCGAGAGUGACUCGGAGGGCUGCGCGUCCGACCCCGAGGCCUGCCAGAGGAAGAGAUGCCGCUGGACGUGACUGGAAAGCUCAGAUCCUAGCUCUGCUUCAAAAGCGCUCGCAGCGGCAAACCAUGGCAGGGAGGAAAACCUCCGGGACUGACAGAGCAGAGCGGAGGGAGCCGUGCAUCUUUACUGUGACUUUUUCCUCAUGCUAUUUGUGUCAUCAUCCCAACAUUUUCAGUCAUCUGUAGAAAUAUAUGACCAUACUGUAUAAUCUAGCACCGUUGUUGCCAUUCUUAUAUUCGUGGGAAUUAGUGAAUUGCUGGGAUGUGUAAUGUACAGUGCAACACUGACAUCAAGUAAGGCCAAAUUUUGGUGGUCAUCUUGGUUAUUUGAAAAAAAAAAAACGCCCAAAAAACAAUGUUGGUUUUUUUUUUUUAGUGGGGUGUUCUUAAUCUAAAUGUUCCCGGUGCAUUACAGAAGCAAUCUACCCACUUCAUUGCUUCUGAUCAUUUUAUUCUGUUGUCAAAGUGAAAAGCAGUGAAUAUUAUUCGGUAAAACUAGAUCAUUUUUAAUUCUAGAAGUGGAAAUAUCAUGAGUGCACUCUGCCUCUUUUUAUCCUCUACUAACAAAACUAUGUUUUUGUCUUUCUUGAAACAAACACGUAAUUAGCACCGCUAAAGGCUUAACCUCCUUGUGUUGUGGCAGCAUUUAUACAUCCAUCUGUAGUUUUUAGCUCCUUUAGCCUCUACGUUGAAAACAUUUACGCACAUUAUUUAUGUUUCAGAACUUUUUAAAAAUGUGACUUUCUAUGCCAAUGUAUUUAACAUUAAGCCUUUUGUAUAGCUCCGUUUAUGCAAAGAUGUUUUUUUUUAUAUAUAUAUAUAAUUGUUUCCUUGUUUUCUCCUCUUUGGUCAGGUUUAGAUCUCAAACCAUAGCGGCGUGGAAUGUAAACCCUAACACUUUCCUGAGUUGUUUAUUUUUAACUGUUUUUACUCCACUAUUUACUUUUGUCAACUUUUUGCUGUAGUUAAAAAAAAAACGUCUGAACCUGUUGGUAAUUUCAGGUUUGUAAAUAAACUAAGAAAGUGUGGCCUCACCAUCAUCUAAGUAAAGUUUUCUCUGCUCUUCUCACUAAUAAAUCAAGUAAUCUCAGCAAA